AUGGUAGCUGCAGAAGUGUUGGCCAGCCAUGCUGUUCAAGAUCGGACCGUAGUGGUUCGUUUUGCGUUGGAAGAAAUGGAAGAUCUGCCCUUGAACGUGAGUAAUGUUGAUUUGCAAACGGUAACGGUUCCGUGGUUGAGACGCAUGUGUAGACAGCUGCGAGGCCGCUACACACAUAACAAGCGUCUCAGGUUUAUCAGAAACGGUCGCUUUUUGACCGGACACACUGAUUUGCAACUGAGACGGUAUUUUGAAAGCAACGAGGAACCUGUUUUCUAUGUGCAAUGCAUGGUGGGUCAGGAAAUGACACCCGAAGAGGCCGCUAAUGAAGAUUCGCUGGACGAAACUCAGCCAAAUGCCGAAGGGGUCACCACUCAAGCCAUAGGGUUCGAUCGGUUGCGGUCCGUUGGGUUCAGUGAUGAGGAAAUCGAGCUUCUGCGACAGCGUUUUCAAAGCACCUACGGCGACUUGGAAAGUCUCACGCGAACUUCAGAUGGCGCCCCAGAUAUCCGCCAGCUAGAAGAACAGUGGAUGGAGACUGGGGCCAACGAUGAUACGUCGCAAAUGGUGGGCGUGGGUAUCGCCAAUUACAAACACAACGCAGAUCUGCUGAUAGGACUGGUUGUCGGGUUUGUGCUUGGCGUGGCGAGUUUCUUGCUAAUGACGCAGGACGGUCUGUUUAACAAGCGUCAGAAAAUGGCAAUUGUUGGGGGACUGAUCAUAAACGUAUGCUUCGGCCUGACGCUGGGGUUUUCAAGAGGAUAG